AUAAAGUAAACACUACUUACAUCUCCGAACGGAAAAUAUAUAAAUCUAUUAUAUAAAAAAGAGUGUAAUAAAAAAUUAGUUGCUUGAACAAAGAAAUAUGGAAUCUGCGUCGCAAUCACUUCCUGUGGAAGAAAAAAAUGAACCAGACCAAACAGUAACAGAUGACACAAAUAAUCCUAUUGUUGAUAUGACCUUUACAAAGGAAUUGCGUAAAGCAACAAAAGAUGUGCAUAGAAUAAGUGAUGUGCUUGUAAAUGCCAAAUUUGCUUUAGCUUUGUCGGAUGAUGCUGUUUGGUAUGAUGGUCUAUUGGCAUUUUACGAGAUUUACAAAUACCUUGAAGAAAAUUUACCUGAAAAUUUACUACCAAGGGAGCUUCAUCGCAAAAUUGCCUUUGAACAGGAUUUGGCCUAUUUCCUUGGCAAGAAUUGGAAAGAAACCUAUGAACCACGGGAUAGUGUUAAGAAAUAUAUUGUACAUUUACAGGAGGUCAACGCAAAAAAUAAGCUACUGUUAUUUGCGUAUGCUUAUCAAAUGUAUAUGGCUUUAAUGUCCGGUGGCCAAUUAUUGCAAAAGAAGCGAAUGAUUAAGCGAAAACUUUGGUUUGGUCGGCAAGAUGAGGAUGAGGAAGAGGAAAUAAAAUCAUCUAACACUGAUGCAGAUAUCGAUGAUUUAGAGAAUCGUCCGAUGCCUAGACAAGUAACAAUUUGUCCUGAAGGGUGCGCUGCAACAUUUUUCCCAGACAAAAUCUCUGUUCUUAAGAAUAAAUUGCGACAAGUGCUGAAUGAUAAUUAUGGAAAGUUUGACGACGAACUCCGCGCUGAGUUCAUCGAAGAAAGUCGUAAUGUUUUUAUUUACAAUGGAGAAGUUGUACGAUCCAUUAAGGGCGUCAACCGAGCGAACCUACGAAAACUGGCAAUCGUUUUGGUUUUUGUUAUGGGUAUUUAUUUUGCUUUAAAGCUCGCCAAGCGCUAAACAAAAUCGAACUUGAGCAAUCGGUUUAUUAAAUUAGCAAGCCUAUUUGUAAAACUAUUUCCAUAAUCGCAUUCUUGUAGCAACACAGUUAUAAAUUAAUAUACUCAAAAUUAUGUAUGAGAGAUGAACUUAUCUCAAAUAAUAAAAACUUAUUAACCCCAAUAAA